AUGUCUGGUUCACCAUCUGUACCGGAUAUCCUCCGGGCUCUCCUCCUGGCCUCGCCCCUGGUUUCUGCUGCCUCCUGCCCGUUUGCUCAGCAACAGCAGAAGAGGGACUCAUCGUCUGAAUUUCUCAACCGUCGCCAGGACUCAGCCGCCACACCGUUUGGCACGUGUGCCGAGAAGGCCAACGUCGCCGGCGGUGGCACCCGUAGCAGAGACUGGUUCCCCUGUCAACUACGACUCGAUGUCCUCCGCCAGAAUGCCGCCGAGUCCAACCCGUACGGCGCCGACUUCGACUAUGCUGAGGCCUUCAACUCCCUGGACCUCGAUGCUGUCAAGGCCGACCUCAAGGCCCUGCUGAGGGACUCCCAAGCCUUCUGGCCGGCUGACUUCGGCCACUAUGGCGGUCUGUUCAUCCGUAUGGCAUGGCACAGCGCGGGCACAUACCGGGCCUUCGACGGCCGCGGAGGUUCUGGCAUGGGCCAGCAGCGCUUCGCUCCUCUCAACAGCUGGCCGGACAACGCCAGCCUGGACAAGGCCCGGCGGCUGGUCUGGCCCAUCAAGCAGAAGUACGGCCGCAAGAUCUCGUGGGGCGACCUGAUCAUCCUCGCCGGCAACGUUGCGCUCGAGGACAUGGGCUUCCCAACCUUUGGCUACGGUGGUGGCCGUGUCGACACUUGGCAGGCGGACGAGGCCAUCUACUGGGGCUCCGAGGAGACCUUCUUCCCCAAUGGCAACGAGGACCGCUACAACGGCAGCACCGACUUCACCGCCCGCGCCGAGAACCUCGAGGUGCCACUGGCAGCCACGCACAUGGGUCUCAUCUACGUGAACCCCGAGGGCCCAGACGCCAGCUCUGACCCUGCCGCCUCGGCCCUCGAUAUCCGGACCACAUUCGGACGAAUGGGCAUGAACGACGAGGAGACUGUCGCUCUGAUCGCCGGUGGCCAUGCCUUCGGCAAGACACACGGAGCCUUCGACGGCAGCGAGGUAGGAGGCGCUCCCGAGGCUGCUGACCUCGGUGAGCAGCAGCUCGGAUGGGCCGGCAGCUUCAAGGAGGGCACCGGCUCCUUCACGUCGGGCCUCGAGGUCACCUGGAGCAAGACGCCCACCAAGUGGUCCAACAACUUCCUCGAGUCCCUGUUCCACAACGAGUGGUCCCUCGUCGAGAGCCCCGGCGGCGCCCACCAGUGGGAGGCCCUCAACGCCACCGCCAACUACCCCCUGCCCUUUGACAACAGCAGCUUCCAGAAGCCGAGGAUGCUGACCAGCGAUCUGGCUCUCCUGCACGACCCCAUCUACUCCAACAUCUCCCAGGUCUACCUCGCCAACUUCACCAAGCUCACUGACGACUUCUCCCGAGCCUGGUACAAGCUCACCCACCGUGACAUGGGCCCCCUGGCCCGUUACCUUGGCCCAGAGGUUGCCACCGAGAAGCUCAUCUGGCAAGACCCCCUCCCCGACUCGAACGGAACCACCAUCGACGACUCCGACGUCACGACCCUGAAGCAGCAGAUCCUCGACUCCGGCGUCAGCACCUCGGCCCUCAUCUCCACGGCCUGGGCCUCGGCCAGCACCUUCCGCAACACCGACAAGCGAGGCGGCGCCAACGGAGCCCGCAUCCGCCUCAAGCCCCAGAUUAGCUGGGCCGUCAACACCGGCGCCGGCACGAACCUGUCCGACGUCAUCAGCGCCCUCGAGGGCAUCCAGUCCGCAUACUCCAAGCCCGUCUCCCUGGCUGACCUGAUCGUCCUGGGUGGAUCUGCAGCCGUCGAGAAGGCAGCCCAGGACGCCGGCUACGCCAAUGCCUCCGUUCCUUUCACCCCUGGCCGAGUCGACGCCACGCAGGACCAGACCGACGUCGCCAACUUCGGCUACCUGGAGCCCAAGGCCGAUGGCUUCCGCAACUUCGGACGGGGCAACGCCCGCGCCCGCACCGAGGAGAUCCUCGUCGACCGGGCCAACCUGCUCGGUCUGACGCCGCCGGAGCUCACCGUCCUGGUGGGCGGCCUCCGCGUGCUCAACACCAACGCCGACGGCUCUUCUCACGGCGUGCUGACCGAGACGCCCGGCCAGCUGACCAAUGACUACUUCGUCAACCUGCUCGACAUCCAGACCAAGUGGGCCGACUCGGACAGCGGCGAGAUCUGGCAGGGCACCGACCGGGCCACCGGCGCCGACAAGUGGACCGCCACGCGCGCCGACCUCGUCUUCGGCUCGCAGUCCGAGCUGCGUGCCAUCGCCGAGGUGUACGCCAUGUCCGACUCGGGCGAGAAGUUCGUCACUGACUUCGUGGCCGCCUGGAACAAGGUUAUGAACGCGGAUCGGUUUGAUGUCAAGUGA